AUGAACGGCUGGGGAGUGUUUGCGAUUAUCCUGGUGCUUGUGCUUGUCGGAGGCGGAGGUGGAUAUGCAGGCUAUGCGCAUUGGCGAGCCCGACGGCUUGGCCUACCACCACCCAAUUUGAAUCCAUUCUCCAAGAAACGACAAAACGACUCAACAUACCAUGCGCCCGCGCCUGCUCCUGCGGGCAUCCAAGGAUGGGUAGCCGAUAAGUGGAAUGCACUGCGAAACACACGGACUGCUGGUGGCGCGUACGAGAAUACUGGCUACGGCGGCGCUCAACGGGCAGGAACCAGAGGGAGGGGAUUCGGGCCAUUGGAUCCGGACGAGGCAUGGGAUACGCGUGUAGACCACGAGGCGGGCGGGUAUUACGGCGAUGAUCAAGAGCUGGGGCUGCAGGACCCCAACCACGGACCCUACGGCGGCAAUGGUUAUGGAGAUGUCGGAGUGGCAGGGAUUCAGGCUGGCAGAGGCCGUAGUCGAUCACGACAGAGGGAGCUGGACAAUCGCUACGAGGAAGAGGUGCACCACGGCGGCCAGAAUCCCUUUGGUGAUCACGCUGAGGCAAGUAACAUGAGCUUACGCGGUGUGAGUCCACGACCGGAUACUGCUUCACGUGGAGGUGCGGGCGCACACAAGAAGCAGCAAAGUGCGGGCACUACGGGGAGUGCGGAAAAUACCAGCCCUUCCGAGAGGAGGAGCUUGUUCACGGAGGAUGUUUGA